AAAGAAUUCGCAGAUUCGCUCUGCUGGGUCCUUAGAAUUACCCAGGCCCCAGUACUCGGCCGAAAAUUCUCAUCGGACUCCGAGAGGAGCUUUGGGCCAUAGCCAUUUUUCUCGGGCAGGUAAAGGGAAGCAACAGCUGUGACCAGGACCUGUGACGAAUCUGCAACCUCUUGGGCGUUCCGCCGCGCAAGGGGAAGGAAAGAGGAGCUAAGGAGCGCGCGUCCCGUCCACCCGUUCGCCCCGCCCGCCUGACGAAUCUGCGCCAGUUCUGCGCGCCACUCAAAUCUCCCCAGUUCUAGCUGGCCUCCUCCCCUCCGCCCCGCCCCCUUUUCCUCAGGGAUUAGUCGCUGCUUUCGUCGCCGUCGAUUCGUCAACGACCCCAGGCCAGAGCAGCUGGAUAGUCGUGGUGAAGCCCACUCUCCGGGGAAUGCGGCCAAUCUCCAGGCUCUCUAGGCCGCAACUCUCGAGCCAUAUAGGGCGCCGGCCGAGGCGAAACCGCUAUCCUCGGCCCCGUUGGUCUCCCGGUGGCGCCCGUGGCGAAAGUGCGAAUGUCGACGCUGUGCCUGCUGGGCCUCGCGCAGUGUAAAUGAGCAAAGAUGGAUCAGGAAGGUGGGGGAGAUGGGCAGAAGGCCCCGAGCUUCCAGUGGCGGAACUACAAGCUCAUCGUGGAUCCUGCCCUGGACCCUGCCUUGCGCAGGCCUUCUCAAAAGGUGUACCGCUACGAUGGAGUCCACUUCAGUGUCAACGACUCAAAGUAUAUACCAGUCGAAGACCUCCAAGAUCCCCGUUGCCAUGUCAGGUCCAAAAACAGAGACUUUUCUCUCCCAGUCCCUAAGUUUAAGCUGGAUGAGUUCUAUAUUGGACAGAUCCCACUGAAGGAAGUGACUUUUGCAAGACUGAAUGACAACGUGCGGGAGACCUUCCUGAAGGAUAUGUGCCGAAAGUAUGGCGAGGUGGAAGAGGUAGAGAUCCUUCUUCACCCCCGUACUCGCAAGCACCUGGGCCUGGCCCGUGUGCUCUUCACCAGCACUCGAGGAGCCAAGGAAACAGUCAAAAACCUCCACCUUACCUCUGUCAUGGGCAAUAUCAUCCAUGCCCAGCUCGACAUCAAAGGACAACAACGAAUGAAGUACUAUGAAUUGAUAGUCAAUGGCUCCUACACCCCUCAGACGGUGCCCACUGGGGGCAAGGCCUUGAGUGAGAAGUUCCAGGGCUCUGGUGCAGCCACUGAGACGACUGAAUCCCGCCGCCGCCCCUCCUCUGACACAGCUGCCUACCCACCAGGCACUGCUGUGGUGGGUACUCCUGGCAACGGCACCCCCUGUUCCCAGGACACAACCUUCUCCAGCAACCGACAAGACACCCCAUCUUCCUUUGGCCAGUUCACCCCUCAGUCCUCCCAAGGAACCCCCUACACAUCUCGGGGCAGCACCCCCUACUCUCAGGACUCUGCCUACUCUAGCAGCACCACUUCAACCUCCUUCAAGCCCCGGCGGUCAGAGAACAGCUUCCAAGAUUCCUUUUCCCGUCGCCAUUUCUCUGCAUCUUCGGCCCCCACGACCACCUCUGCAGCCAUCUCUGCCACCACUGCAACCACCGCCACAUCUUCCACCUCUUCCUCCUCAUUGUCCUCGUCGUCCUCGUCUUCCUCUUCUUCCUCAUCCUCUCAUUUUCGUGGUUCUGACUCAAACUACCCACCAUAUUAUGAAAGCUGGAAUCGUUAUCAACGCCAUUCUUCUUACCCGCCCCAUCGGGCAACUCGGGAGGAUCCCCCCGGGGCUCCUUUUGCUGAAAAUACAGCUGAGCGCUUCCCACCUUCUUACACCUCCUACUUGCCCCCUGAGCCCAGCCGGCCCACUGAUCAGGACUACCGGCCUCCUGCCUCAGAGGCUCCACCCCCAGAGCCCCCAGAACCUGGUGGAGGUGGUGGUGCUGGGGGACCCAGCCCUGAAAGAGAAGAAGCUCAGACCUCCCCCCGCCCAGCCUCACCUGCUCGUUCCGGCUCCCCAGCCCCAGAGACCACCAAUGAGAGUGUGCCCUUCGCUCAACACAGCAGCCUGGAUUCCCGCAUUGAGAUGUUGCUGAAAGAGCAGCGCUCAAAGUUUUCUUUCCUGGCCUCUGACACAGAGGAGGAAGAAGAGAAUAGUACUACAGGCCCUGGGGCUAGAGACACAGGGAUUGAGGUGCCUUCUGGUUCAGGUCAUGGGCCCUGCACGCCCCCUCCAGCCCCAGCUAAUUUUGAGGAUGUGGCACCUACAGGGAGCGGGGAACCGGGGCCUACCCGGGAGUCUCCUAAGGCCAAUGGACAGAACCAGGCUUCUCCAUGUUCUUCUGGAGAGGACAUGGAGAUCUCCGAUGACGACAGGGGUGGCUCACCCCCUCCGGCCCCAACACCCCCCCAACAGCCUCCGCCCCCUCCUCCUCCGCCCCCUCCUCCGCCUCCCUACCUGGCUUCCCUUCCCCUUGCAUAUCCUCCCCACCAGCCUGCCUACCUCCUCCCACCCCGACCUGAUGGGCCACCGCCCCCUGAGUACCCCCCACCUCCUCCUCCACCACCCCACAUCUAUGACUUUGUGAACUCGCUAGAGCUCAUGGAUCGACUUGGGGCUCAGUGGGGAGGAAUGCCCAUGUCCUUCCAGAUGCAGACCCAGAUGUUAACUCGGCUCCACCAGCUGCGGCAGGGCAAGGGAUUGACUGCUGCUUCCGCUGGUCCCCAUGGUGGGGCCUUUGGGGAGGCCUUCCUCCCAUUCCCACCCCCCCAAGAGGCAGCCUAUGGCUUACCUUAUGCUCUGUACGCACAAGGGCAAGAAGGCCGAGGGGCAUACUCCCGUGAGGCUUACCACCUGCCUUUGCCCCUGGCGGCCGAGCCCCUGCCCUCCUCUUCAGUCUCAGGAGACGAGGCCCGGCUGCCUCCAAGGGAGGAGGCAGAGCUGGCAGAGGGCAAGGCCCUACCGUCAGCAGGCACUGUGGGCCGUGUGCUGGCCACCCUUGUCCAAGAGAUGAAGAGCAUCAUGCAGCGAGACCUCAACCGCAAGAUGGUGGAAAAUGUGGCCUUUGGAGCCUUUGACCAGUGGUGGGAGAGCAAAGAAGAGAAGGCCAAGCCAUUCCAGAAUGCAGCCAAACAGCAAGCCAAGGAGGAAGAUAAAGAGAAGACAAAGCUCAAGGAGCCAGGCCUGCUCUCCCUUGUAGACUGGGCGAAGAGUGGUGGUACCACAGGCAUCGAGGCCUUCGCCUUUGGGUCAGGGCUGCGAGGGGCCUUGAGGCUGCCUUCUUUCAAGGUAAAACGAAAAGAGCCCUCAGAAAUUUCCGAGGCCAGUGAGGAAAAGAGGCCCCGGCCUUCCACUCCGGCUGAGGAAGAUGAAGAUGACCCUGAGCGAGAGAAGGAAGCUGGAGAGUCAGGACGUCCAGGGACCAAGCCCCCAAAGCGGGAUGAAGAACGAAGCAAGACCCAGGGCAAGCACCGCAAGUCCUUUGCUCUGGACAGUGAAGGGGAGGAAGCAUCCCAGGAGUCUUCCUCGGAGAAGGAUGAGGAGGAGGAUGAGGAAGAUGAGGAAGAUGAAGAUCGUGAGGAAGCCAUGGAUACUGCAAAGAAGGAGACAGAGGCAUCAGAUGGCGAGGACGAGGGAAGCGAUUCGUCCUCCAAAUGUUCUCUGUAUGCUGACUCAGAUGGUGAAAAUGAUAGCACUUCGGACUCCGAGAGUGGCAGUUCAUCCAGCUCCUCCUCUUCCUCCUCUUCCUCCUCUUCAUCCUCGUCAUCAUCAUCUGAGUCCUCUGAAGAAGAAGAGGAAGAAGAGCAGCCAGCAACCAUUCCCUCAGUAUCACCACCCCCCAGAGAUGUCCCUGUGCCCCUGCCAGCACCUGUGGAGGAGCCCAAGCCAGAGAGGAUUGCAGGCUCACCGGUCACACCGCUCCCUGAAGAGGAGAAGUCUCCAGCUAGACCUGCAGGUUCCAUUGAGGAACCAGCUUCCAGUGUGCCCCAACCUUCCCCAGAGCCACCAGCUGGGGCCCCAGCCCCACCCCUCUGCCCCGAUGAGCGCCCCUCCUCUCCUAUCCCCCUCCUGCCCCCACCCAAGAAACGCCGGAAAACUGUCUCCUUCUCUGCUCUGGAGGAGGUGCCAACCCCAGAGCCUUCCCCAGCUGCCCCACAGCAGAUCAAGUCUCCUGGCCCCGUCUCCCGAAAAGUCCCUCGGGGUGUGGAGCGGACCAUUCGCAAUUUGCCCCUGGACCACGCAUCUCUGGUCAAGAGUUGGCCUGAGGAAGUGUCUCGAGGAGGUCGGAGCCGGGUUGUAGGCCGAGGCCGCUCCACCGAGGAAGAAGAGGCUGAGCCAGGGACAGAAGUGGACCUGGUGGUGCUAGCCAACCUGGCCCUGACCCCAGCCCGGCACGGGUUGGCUGCCUUGCCUACUAGCGAUGACCCAGAGGCCACAGAGACAUCGAAUGAGGCAGACCGCCUGGGCCCCCUGCUCAGCCACAUCCUACUGGAGCACAACUAUGCCCUGGCCAUCAAGCCCCCACCCUUCACACCAUCCCCUCGCCCCCUGGAGCCAGUUCCUGCCCCUGCAGCGCUCUUCAGCUCCCCUGCGGAUGAGGUUCUGGAAGCCCCUGAGGUGGUGGUGGCUGAGGCAGAGGAGCCAAAGCAGCAACAGCAGCAGCAAGAGGAGGGUGAGGAGGAAGAGGAAGAGGAGGAAUCCGAAUCAUCAGAGAGCAGCAGCAGCAGCAGCAGUGGGGAGGGGGCUAUCCGGAGGCGCAGCCUCCGGUCCCACACCCGGCGUCGGAGACCACCACCCCCACCCCCACCCCCACCGCCUCCCACCUUUGAACCCCGCAGUGAGUUUGAGCAGAUGACCAUCCUGUAUGACAUUUGGAACUCAGGCCUGGACUUGGAAGACAUGGGCUACCUACGGCUCACAUAUGAGCAACUGCUGCAGCAGACAAGUGGGGCCGACUGGCUUAACGACACCCACUGGGUCCAUCACACCAUCACCAACCUGAGCACUCCAAAACGCAAGCGGCGGCCCCAGGAUGGGCCCCGUGAGCACCAGACAGGCUCAGCCCGCAGCGAAGGCUAUUACCCCAUCAGCAAGAAGGAAAAAGACAGGUACCUGGAUGUGUGCCCUGUCUCAGCCAGACAGCUGGAAGGGGCGGACACUCAGGGGACUAACCGUGUACUUUCGGAGCGCCGAUCUGAGCAGCGGCGGCUACUAAGUGCCAUUGGCACCUCAGCCAUCAUGGAUAGUGAUUUGCUAAAGCUAAACCAGCUCAAGUUCCGGAAGAAGAAGCUUCGAUUUGGCCGGAGCCGGAUCCACGAGUGGGGUCUGUUUGCCAUGGAACCCAUUGCAGCUGACGAGAUGGUCAUUGAAUAUGUGGGUCAGAACAUCCGCCAGAUGGUGGCCGACAUGAGGGAGAAGCGCUAUGUGCAGGAGGGCAUUGGCAGCAGCUACCUGUUCCGGGUGGACCACGACACCAUCAUUGAUGCUACAAAGUGUGGCAACCUGGCGAGGUUCAUCAACCACUGCUGCACGCCCAACUGCUAUGCCAAGGUGAUCACCAUUGAGUCCCAGAAGAAGAUUGUGAUUUACUCCAAGCAGCCCAUUGGUGUCGAUGAGGAGAUCACCUAUGACUAUAAGUUCCCGCUGGAGGACAACAAGAUCCCAUGUCUGUGCGGCACUGAGAGUUGCCGUGGCUCCCUCAACUGAGGUGGGCAGGACUGGCGCCCACACCCCUAUUUAUUCCCCUUGGUGCCCUGAGCUCCCAGCCCGCCGACACCUCCCCGCCCCCGCCCCCCAGCCUUAGUGGGCUCAGGAGGGCCCACAUGCCCCCAUCUCCAAAUAUGGAGUUGGGCCCUGAGUCCUGCAAGGGAGCCUCAGUCCUUGAGGCAAUGUCUGCCUCCCCUGUCACCCCUGCCACCACCCUCUAAUUUUUUUCUUUGCGGAGAAGAAGCUGUAAAUGUUUUGUAGCUGCCAGCAGCUGUUUCCUGUGGAAACCUGGGGUGCCAGCCUGUACAGAUCCUGUUCUUGGGGACUGCACACCCCCCUUGCUUUGUGUUAAUGGGGACUUCCCUUUUGUGCCCUGCGUGCACCCCUCCCCAGUUUAGGGGUCUCUAGGGGCAGUGGCCAUGUUCUCCCCCUGAGGAGGGGGGCCCUGUGCCCCCCUCCUGGGGACUCUGUGCCUGGAACCCUGCCUCAUCUUCUGUUCCUGCCAGACCCUGUGGGUCACCCUCCUACCCUGGUGUCUGGAAGCUCCAGCUGGGCCAGGCCAGGAUGGUGGGGGGAGCGGGCCCUUCCUGUUGGGCUGGACUGUAUAUAUGUUAAUAGCACAAACCCAAUGCCACAUUUUUAUAAUUGUGAUUAAACUUUAUUGUACAAAA